AUCUAUCUAUCUAUCUAUCUAUCUUCCCGCCGCCCCUCGCUUGGCUCGGCUUGGCUCUGCUCGGCUCCUCCCCUCUUCCCUUUCACCCGCCACCGCUCCCACGCUCCGCGGACCCUUCUCAUUUGCCUGCACCUGGCGUGGGCGUGCACUGCCCGUGACCCUCCUCUCCGCGGCGGCCCUCGCUCGCUCGCUCGCUCAUUGCCUGGCUUGCUGGUCGGCUGGCUGCUGGCUCUGCGUGCCUCUGGAUGGACGGUUUGCGUCUUCCGCCGCUCAUCGAGGAGCCUUUGGACGCUGCAGGUGAUCCGAGCGAGCUCAAAGCGGACGGCGGGGCCGAGGAGAGAGACGUGCCGGAGGACGGCGACGAGAAGCUGGAGAUGGAGCCCGAGCGAGCCGCCAAAGACGGGGAGGACGGAGGCGGCGGCGGGGAGCUGAGCGAGAAGCAGGAGGAGCAGGAGGAACAGGAGCUGGAGGAACUGAGGGCUCAAGUCCUGCAGCUGCUGCUGGAGCUGGAGGACGCCAGGGAGACGUCGACUAAGCACCACGACGGCUUCCUGGAGCUGCAAGGACUGCUGGAGGACGAACGUCUGGCCAGCGCCCAUCAGGCCGAAGCCUUCGCUCGACAGAUCCACAACCUGCAAGCCCAGCUGCGCUCAGCCAAGGAGGAGAUGGACGGCCUGGAGGAGGAGAAGGAGAGCGAGCUGGCCGAGGCUCGGGAGGAGCUGCGCGCCGCCCGCGAGGAGGCGCUCCUGCUUCAGCAGGCGGCCGAGGAGGCGGCGGCCGAGCGCGAGAACGACAUCGCCUCGCUGCAGGAGGAGCUGUGCCGGCGGAGGGCCGAGCUCGGGCGCCUCGGCGACGAUGCGCGCCACUACGAGCUGGAGAUCACCACGCUGAGGGCCGAGAUCAGCGUGAAGAGCCGCCAAGGGCCGCAGGGCGACGUGGAGCUGCUGCUGAAGGAGGAGUGCCGGAGCCUGAGGGAGGAGUGCCGGGCCCUGAAGGAGGACAACCGGAGGCUCUCGGAGAAGCUGCAGCUUCUCCGCCGACAGAAGACAAGCUCCGAAGGGACGGAGACGGGCCCCGACGACACCCUGAGCGAGGUGAGCGCGGCCCCCUCGCACGACGCCUGGGUCCAGAAGAACAUCUCCUUUGACGGCAAGCCCGGGACGCCCACCGGAUGGCACGGCGGCGUCGGCGAGAUCUGCUCGCUCAGGGAGCAGCUCAAACAGGCUGAGGAAAAGGCCUCGCGGGUUCACAAAGAGUGCCACGGGCUGAAGCUGGAGCUGCAGGAGCUGCAGGAGCUCUACGACAGCAGUCAGAAGGAGCGCAACCAGCUGGAGGAGGAGCUUGGGCGCUGCAAGGCAGAGCUGGACAAGUUGGCUCAGAGCUUCAUCCAUCCAUCUGAGCACCCUGUUCUCUCCAUCCCCUUCAUAGGAAUGAUUGUAAUAGUGGCCGUGGUCUGGUGCUGCUUGUCGGAGUUGGCGUCCCACAGAGCAAGGGGAGUGAGCUAGCUUGGAAGUCCAUCUUGACGGCCGCCGCCACGCUGCUGACGGCGACCGCCUUGUUGAGGGCGCUCGUCCGAUCUUGACCACGGACAGCCGGGAGCGGAGCGUGGCCGGCCGGCUGGCUGGCUGGCCCCGGUGGCUACGACGUGCGCGGUCGCCGUGGAGGACGCACGCGGUCACUCCUCUUGUGGGAAUAGUCUCUCUCUUUGAUUGCAUCCUUAUUCAGUCAUUUGUUGCUUUCAUUCUUGCCUUUGUCCAAUGCUUUGUUGAGUGCACUGAAAUGCGGGGGAGCUUGUGCACCAGGCUCGCUCGCGCUUGAUUUUUAAGGAAGGCACAUGUCAACAAGUUUUGCUAGUAAAUUCACCUUGUCGUUCUUGCCAUUUGUUUUCCAACGUGACGGAGAGGCACCUUGCCUCGCAAGUGCUCCACGUUCAUCGAGACUUUACAAUUGAAAUAGAGACAAUCGCUGAAAAUGGGAUUUCAGUGUAUUUUUGGCUGUUGAAAUGACUUUAGUGCUUUUUCAAAAGAAAAGUCAAAGUCUGCUUUAUUGUCAAUUUCUUCACAUGCCAAGACACACCAAGAAAUCGAAAUGACGUCCCCACUAAGAAGAAAAGCAUGCAGCGCACAACUCCUUACGACUGAGCGAUGCCAGUCACUAGGGCCCGCCCCCUAAAGCACAACUACGAGCGACCGGCGGCAAAAUAAUUGUCAGCGUGGCCGCUGGCUCGCUCGGGGAUCUCCCGGCAGGCAAGGUUUGCGACGGAGGCCGUUAAUGGCUCCCAGCCGGGACUAUUAAGACGGACGGCUCUAAUUUCACGCUCGACAAAGCCGUCGUCGUUAACGAUUGCCGUUACGGCGUUUGCUCGCUCGUCGAGCGGCCCCGCAACCGUACGAAGCUGCUUCAAGGAAUUGGAACAGUUUGGCUCAUCGGGCACAAUUGGAGCAAUUGCCACGAAAACAUGCUCAAAUGUUUGGCUCUCAGCGGUUGAGAGAAAGUCAACUCGUUGGCUUUGAACCCGACCUAGUUUGCGCUCAACAGCCAGCGC